AUGGGCACCACUGGUAAGGUUCGUCUUGGCUUGUUGGGUUUGUGGAAUUUGGUAGGUGGCAGUGUUUUGAGAGGGACUCAGCAGGUGAAUCCUUGGUUGGUCGCGAACACAGCGCCAGAUACUCCGUGGCUGCCUCCGGUGCAAGAAAGUUAUGUCGUGCCUAUCGAAUACCGUUCCGGAUCGGUGGGGUUCAACGCAUUGGCGCCGACAACGAUUGUGUAUUCAACGAGUGGGCCGGUGAUGGGGGCGAGCAAGUAUUUGGGUGCUGGUGGUGUGGUGCGGGAUGCGCCCGUUGCGGUGGUGGCCAAAGAAGAUGAGGUGGCGGAAAUCCUCGGAAGCUUGAUAGGCCGUGGUACCACCAGCGUGAACCUUCGCGGCACCAUCUUGGUGUCUAAGGGUGACCUGGGCGACAUCGAAUUCCUCAGCACGUCCGGCAGUCGGAACGUCGUCGCCAAUAUCCGCGACUGGUCGGAACCGAGCUCAUACGUCGACGAAAAGGGCCGACUUAUCGACGCCUUCGAACCGAACCUGAAGGAACGCAACUACGGCUACUUUCAGCUCGACCGCCAACUGGCCGCCGCUGUCCCACAACGCGACGCCGAGUUCCAGCGCGCGCAGGCAAAUCACGCGCUCGCUAUCGAAGCGCGCCGCAUUGGGCACGGCGCAGGCGUGCUGGACGGCUGGUACUUGCCUUCCGUCUUCGAUUUGACGCAGUCCGAGCCCAAUUUCCCCAACGUCUUUCUUGAUGCGCUAAAAAUCGAUGACGCACACGCGUUUGCAGAUGUCCACAAAGCCAUUUUGGUGCUACGAAUCCGUCAAACCGAGCUCGUCGCGACCCUCCCGUACAUCCAGGAUGCAGCGGAGGCACUCUCAAACUAUAGAGUCGCCGAAGUCUUGGACAUUGUCAUCGAGAACAUCAAGCUACUCUACUAUUUCCAUAAAGAACAGCUCACCAAUGAGGCGGUUCGCCGAACGGGCGAGUAUCAAUCCCUAGCUUUCCUGACGCCUGUUUGGAGAGAAUUCGUGGUCAAAGUCGUUGUUGCGGCCGGUGAGUCCAAAAUGAACAAAGUCGAACCAGACCAAAUCAAGAACCUCUGCUGCUCACAAGAAUCGUACGCAGCCGUCUCGCUCGCCUCCGUUCUGCCGCAACUCGACGCCAACUACGUCACGCCGUUCGUGAUGAACCCAUUCCUCAAACCCUACUACCAGCAGACCUACUGGAACGACGGCCAUUGGGACCACCGGGACUGGAGACACCACCCGCAUCAUCCCGACGGCAUCAUUCGACCAACUCUUGCGCCGACCACGUCAGGUCACUCGACCACCACACUUCAAACAACCGCGCCAGAACAGUCGACCACGGCAGGUGAGACGACCACGCCAGCCCACACCCGAGAGUCGACUACUACAGUUACGACUCCUCCUCCUACGACCACUCCUCCCCCUACGACGACGACUCCCCCUACGACGCCCAGACGGGAUCCGCUUCCUCUCACAAUACCGGGUGGAUCUACUACGGCGAAAAAAGACCCGUUGCCUCUGCCAGUGCCACAGCCGUCGUCGAGCGGUCCAAUUUCGGCGACUAGCAACCGGCGGCUGCCAAUGCCCGCUCCGAGUCCUUAA